AUGAGUAUAAUUAGGAACCAUGGGCUUUUUGCCAAGUAUGAGAGCAAUGCCAACAGGAGAGUGACGGGAGACAGUGAAAACAUAGUAGGAUUUCUCUUUGACUUUAAUACACAACUCUCUCUCAAAAGGCCAGCAAUAUUGGGUCGAAGGACAAGUUCACUGAGACCGUGGAUGACAGCCCUUAUUGUCGCAGCUGUUGUGGUGGUUCUAGCGAUAAUCAUCGGUCUCCUUGUUUAUUUUUUGGCGUUUGAUCAGAAAUUUUACUAUUACCAGACCUCAUUCCAGAUCCCCAGUAUUAAAUAUAAUCCUGACUUUUCAGCUGAACACUCAAAAAUGAGAAGAGACUUGAAACAAAAAGUCAAUAAUGAAAUAGAGAAUAUAUUUCGAAGAUCCAGUUUAAAUCAUCAUUACAUCAAAUCUCAUGUUGUUGACUUUAGUUCAAGUCAUGAUGGUUUGAAAACAGAUGUGUUGCUUAAGUUUCAGUUUGCUUCUAACCAUGCAGACACAGUAAAAAGGCAAGCUGACAACAUUUUGCAUCAGAAGUUGAAAUCAAAUGAAAGCUUCUUGAAGAUAGAUACUUCAUUACCUUAUCUGAAAGAUAUGAAUGAAGCAGAAGCAGAACACAUUCUGAACAGCUGUUGUGGAAGAGGGAGGGAAUUUCCAUCUAUGGAAAGAAUUGCUGAUGGUUAUCCUGCAAAGAAAGCUGAUUGGCCAUGGCAAGCCAGCCUGCAAAUGGACGGCAUCCAUUUCUGUGGAGCUUCUUUGAUCAGUGAGGAGUGGCUCCUGACCGCUGCUCACUGCUUUGACAUUUACAAAAACCCCAAACUCUGGAUGGCUAGUUUUGGAACAACUCUCAACCCCCCACUGAUGAGAAGAAAGAUCCAAUCAAUCAUCAUUCAUGAAAACUACGCUGCCCAUAAGCACGAAGACGACAUCGCUGUGGUGAAGCUCUCCACCCCUGUCCUAUUUUCCAAUGAUGUGGGCAGAGUCUGUCUCCCAGAUGCUACUUUUGAAGUCUUGCCUCAGAGUUCAGUGUUUGUCACUGGAUGGGGAGCAUUAAAAGUUAAUGGUCCCUUUCCCAAUUCUCUGAGACAAGUUGAAGUAGAGAUCAUAAGUAAUGAUAUAUGUAAUCAAGUUCAUGUAUAUGGUGGUGCCGUAUCAUCAGGAAUGAUAUGUGCUGGAUUCUUAACAGGAAAACUAGAUGCCUGUGAGGGUGAUUCUGGAGGACCUCUGGUUAUAGCACGUGAUAGAAACAUCUGGUAUCUUAUUGGAAUAGUAAGCUGGGGAAUAGACUGUGGAAAAAAAAAUAAGCCUGGAAUUUAUACCAAAGUGACUCGUUAUCGGGACUGGAUUAAAUCUAAAACCAACAUCUAA